AUGGCAUCCAGCUCUGGUGCGCUCAGCCCAAAGCUGAAGGUUGCCGACUUGACUGGGAAGGUGGCCAUCAUCACAGGAGCCACUCGUGGCAUUGGAAAGGCAUGCGCCAUCGCCUUGGCCAAGCAGGGCUGCAACAUUGUGGUGGCGGCUAAGACCACCACCGAGCAGCCAACACUGCCAGGCACAAUCUACUCCGUGGCUGAAGAGCUCCAACAGCUUGGUGUGCAGGCUUUGCCUGUGAAGGUGGACUUGCGGAAACUAGAAGACAUCAAGGAAUGCGUCAAACAAACCGUUGACAAGUUUGGUCGCAUUGACAUUCUCAUCAACAACGCCAGUGCCCUGUGGUGGCAGAGGAUAGAAGACACCCCAAUGAACAAAUACGAUUUGAUCACGCAGAUCAAUACGCGAGGCAGCUUCGCCAUGACCCACCUUUGCUUGCCGAUCAUGGCCAAGAACAAGUAUGGACGGGUCAUCAACAUGAGCCCACCGUUGCAGACCGACUUUCGUGCGUACAAGGGCUUCACUGCCUACAACAUUUCGAAGUUUGGCAUGACUAUGUCAGCCUUGGGGGCUGCUGCGGAAUACGAAGGGCAGGGCAUCACUGGAAAUUCACUGUGGCCAGCAACUGUCAUUGAGAGCCAGGCAUCCAAGAACUUUGAAUUGGGAGGCCGCGAAAUGUGGCGCAAGGCCCAGAUCCUCUCAGAUUGUGUUCUUGGGCUUGUGAGCAGUUCAGAUGACUUUACAGGGAACCAACUGAUUGAUGAUGAGUACUUGCAGAACAAGCAUGAACUCACAGCAGAGGACCUCGCGGUCUAUCGAUGUGUUCCAGAUGUAGAACCUCCACGUGCGCUGGCCAGCCAUGGCCACAUGGGAAGCAGCGGUGAAGCGACGGUGCGACGAGGUGAUGUGAGACGGCUUGACCAUGAUGUGCAGAAGUCAACGACCUUGUCGAGACUUUAA